ACCACUCGUGUGUAACUUGAACGUACUUUUGAAUUGUAAAAACUUUUAUAUAUCAUCAUGAAGUUCCAACUGAGGCUUAUUUCUUUGGCACUGAAAAUCAUUUUUUUUAUAUCAACGGAGGUUAGUGGAGAUGAGCGUCAAGAAAUGAUUGGAAUUGCUGCACUAAGACCAACUGCCUCAGAAAUAGCCAUUGCGAUGUCGGAUUCAAACAUUUUUCGAGAUGUUCAAGUGGAACAUUUACAACAAUUUUUCUAUGGUGGACAGUAUCCAGUUGAAUUUAUUCAGCUAUUAAACGAAUACAAGACAUUGAGUUCCGAGCCCAUUCAUUUAAGCGACGAAGAAAUAACAACACUUAACUCAAAUUAUAACGACGGAUCAAAAACCAAUAGAAUUCAUACUCAAUUUAAAUUCUGCCGCAAAAUACAAGAAAUACAGUGCACAAAUAUUGUACUUUUCAAGUUUAGUUUAUCGGAAAUCGAAAGUUCUUUGGACGAUAUUGCCAAAUACGUAUACCAUAUGAUAGAAAUGUCGUACAUAGCAAGAUUCCCAGUGAGCGAAUGGCUUUGGAAACUGUAUAUACAUCUACAGUGUUAUAAAACCACACCUUUAGAAGAAUACUCACCGGAGAUUAACGAAACCCUAGAGAAAUUGAUAAUGUUGUGUCAAGAAAAUAAAUAUCUAAAGGAAAAGUCUGAAGACAUUUUCAAUUAUUCCAACGAGAAUUCUGGUCAACUUUUAAUGAUCAAUACACAUUUAAACGUGUAUGACGACAAAUUUCUACGUUUCGUCAAGGGCAAGGAGCAAUUUCCAUCGGAUGCUAAAGACUUGUUAGUGGAAUCUAUGUGGGACUUUUCAGCUAGCACAUUCAACCCCGUCUCUGGUCUCACCUUUAAAGGGAAUAUUAUAUACGAUAUAUUCAAAAAGGAAAUUGAAAAUAUCAGGUAUCAAUACAAUAAAUAUGAAUGGGCAACAGAACCUUUUAAACACAAAAAAUAUCUAGAAAUAUAUUUGGACGCCUUAAAGGUAAGAUUUUACGGUUAUAUUUGGAUAUUUUUAGUUAGUUAUCAAAAGAUCGUCGAAUCUACAAAAGUAAAAUUAAAUUACACAGCGGAAAUGCGGACCAGUCUUCAAAGCGAGUAUGAAAGUUUACUACAUGAUGUAAAUUAUAUAUUAUACUUUGCUUACAUUGAUGAACAAUUAUUUAACGAAGUACUAAUUUUAUUGAGUGAAAUAUAUGAGCCCGAUGACAAGAAGAUAUCUCAUACUGUAGACAAAUUAGCAAAAGAAGUAAACCGCAUACUGGGAACUUAUAUUGAACCAAAUAUUAGACAUAGAGAGGCCAAAAUUGAUACUAAAUACGUAGAACGAAAAUGUGAAACUGAUCCCGAAUUUUUAAGAAAUCAAUUAGGAAUGUUUAGAAAGUUCUUCCGUGAAACUGAAGAAAGGCAGGCAAAAUUAAAAUUAAACAUUCUAUCGUUUUAUAUAAAUGUAAACAGAUCCGUCGACUUUGUAUUCCCGAAUAUAUAACAAAGAAACUUUUAAUAUUUUUUAAAUAAUAAAAUUCGUUUGAUUAUAACAUUUUGUUUACA